AUGUAUCGAAAUGGCAGCUGUGCUGUUGAUGCUGUGCCUCGAGAUGGCUUCCAAAACUACCCCCGACCGACGGAUUACCACGGUCGAGAACGCAGAUACACUACACCGUACUACCGCCAAUCCACACGUUUUGAUUCCGUAACGACUGAUAAUCGGUCAAAACACAAAAACACCAAACGCCGCCUCCAAGCUGCUUAUUCCAUAGAGGGCAAACGCCGUCUCCAAGCCGCCGAGUCCAUAGAGAGCAAACGCAGCCUCCAUUAUUCUGUUGAGGGCUUGGACGUUGCAUGCCCUCGGCUUCAGAACCCCGCCUCAUCGCUUGGCCCAGAUGCCGGAUGGAUGACUGAUGAAGAGGCCAGUCGGAGGGUGGAGAGGUGCUUCAAGAAGAGGCAGAAUCACGUCCAGGGACGGAUCUUGCGGAAGCUACUAAAUUGCGAGCUGGCACUCGAGCAGGAAUCGCUAGACCGCAUCCGCUUCGCUGCGGACUACGUUCUCUUCGACGGCAUGCUCCGCGGAAAAGUCAAGUGGAGGUGGUCGAAGGAAGGCGAUGAAGGGUACGAGAACGAGCUACUAGGCUCGACGACGCCGCAGUAUUCACCGGAGACGGGCAUCGAGGCCCGGAUUGUGCUGUCACGGCCUCUCCUGCUGUCCGGUAGGUACAGCCAGGACCUGCUCCUCUCGACCUUCCUCCACGAGAUGGUGCACUGCUACCUCUUCAUCUGCUGCGGCGAUCAGGCACAGAAGGACGGCGGGCACACUCCUGGAUUCCAACAGAUUGUGCAGCUCAUCAACGGCUGGACCGGGAACUCGCGCCUGCGCCUCUGCAGCAUGAAGGCGGACCUGGACCACUUCACGGUCGGGUCGGAGGACUUGUCCCGCUGUCCUGUGGCGGAGGAUAUCGCCUACGAGCCGUCGUCUACCAGCCAGUAUGUGGACUUCGGCGACUGCACCUUUGUGUGCGGUUCGGGCCAACAUACGUUAUCGCUAGGAAAUGGAGAUUCGCUGCUGGGGUUUGAGGAGAUUCACAGGAACGUCUCACUGCCCCCAUUGGCAUAUGUUAGCAUGCAAGAGCGGAUGAUGCAGGCGCUGGGUGGAUCGGUUAGCAUGCCUAUCCUCGUUGAAUGA